AUGAAACUGAUGGGAUUUAUUAUCAUUUCACAUUAUUGACGUUCAUUAAUAAGUACAGAAAUGAAAUAUUUGAAUUACUGCUUGGUUUCCGCCUUAUGGGUAGCAAGUUCAGUUAAUUCUCAAACCUCCGAUGAACCAUAUUGUACAAAAGAGCAAGAGUUUUAUUGGUUUUGUCAUAACAUACAGCCAGAUCUGUACAGCCUGAGAUCACUAUUAGCAGCCAACUCAACCCUGGUCCGUACUCUUGCGUUCAACAACUUGAAAGGAAAGUUCGAUGUAUCCAUUCUCGCCAACUUCUCUCAAUUGAGAGGCGUUCUGAUCUACAAUAGCACCUUUGAUUUCUUCCAAAUCCAUUCCAAGUCUCUAAACAAUAUAUAUUUGUCAGACUCUACCUUUCCAUCUGGAACAAAAUUUUCAAAUUGCUGCGCACACCUUGAGAAAUUGACAAUCAAAAACACAGUAGGUUUGAAUCUCCAAACCGGGGCCUUCACAGAUUUUCGGAGGCUCAAAAAAUUGUAUCUGUCCAAUCAGCAAAUACCUCGAAUAACGAGUUGUACAUUCAAAGGGUUGAGAUCCCUUAAGAAGCUUUCUUUGACAAACACAACUACCGCUGCUAUAGAAUCUGACGCAUUCGAAGACCUCACCAGAUUGAAGGAGUUCUACUUAGAAGAUGACACCUUGCAAACCAUUGAAAGCAAUGUCUUCAAACCGUUAAGAAGAUUAACAACACUGACCAUCUAUGGGGAGAAUUUGAAAAGUCUUUCAUUGGAUAUGUUCAGUAAGCAGAGAGGCCUUACACAAAUCGGAUUGCCUUUAUCAACUUGGAGAAUGGUGGAUGUUGAAACAAUACCGAGAAUGUUUCCAAAGCUGUAUGCUUAUUCGUACAUAGGGGAAUGGAAAAAUGCUGAUGAUGAAGAGUAUAUCAAGGGAAAAUUAUUCAGACUCAGCCAACUGCUUUUGGACAGACAAUAGCAAAGAGGGAAAGUAAUCUACCAUGAUAGUAUUAGCCAAACUUUUCAACAGUAGGGUGUUUCAAAACUGUUUGUACUAAGUUUCGGUGUUUAUUUCUAAUAAUAUACAAAUAAUUUAUUUUCGAUAACAAUUUUCUACUUCGCUUUGAUUCAGAUAAUUGAAGUAACAUCAAUUGUUAGUAUCAAUUAUAUGUAUAACAUAUAUUAUAUUCAUUGUUUAUUUUUGA